AAAUAAACUUACAGUUACCAUCUGAUUCAGUUUUCUUCCUUCUCCGCCUCCAUUUCCUCUCUGUCAACUAUGUCAACAGAAGGGGACCAAAUCUCUUCGUCGGAGCAGAUGCAGUCUCUUUCCGUCAACUCCUCCGAUUCGAAUACCGUCUCUGCGUCCUCUUCCUCCCAGAUGAGUGCAGAAGAGAGGUUUCGGAUCGUGAGAAGCGUUGGAGAAGAGUGUAUACAAGAAGAUGAGCUCCUCAAUCUUCUCUCCAAGAAGCCCCAACCUACUUGCUAUGAUGGCUUCGAGCCUUCUGGAAGAAUGCACAUCGCGCAGGGAGUUAUGAAGACAAUCAGUGUGAACAAACUGACUUCUGCUGGCUGCAAGGUGAAGAUUUGGAUUGCUGAUUGGUUUGCUCAGCUAAACAACAAAAUGGGAGGCGACUUGAAGAAAAUUCAAACAGUUGGACGUUAUUUAAUUGAGAUAUGGAAGGCAGUUGGUAUGGAUCUUGAAGGAGAUAAAGUAGAAUUUUUAUGGUCUUCAGAGGAAAUUAACUCUAGAGCAUCUGAGUAUUGGCCUCUUGUAAUGGAUAUAGCUCGUAGGAACAAGCUUCCCAGGAUAAUGAGGUGUGUUCAAAUAAUGGGUCGCAGUGAGCAGGAUGAGCUGACGGCAGCCCAGAUUCUUUAUCCAUGCAUGCAGUGUGCUGACAUAUUUUUUCUCAAGGCUGACAUUUGUCAAUUGGGCAUGGAUCAACGAAAAGUUAAUGUACUUGCAAGAGAAUACUGUGAUGACAUCAAGAGGAAAAACAAGCCAAUCAUUUUAUCUCAUCACAUGCUUCCAGGUUUACAGCAAGGGCAAGAAAAGAUGUCAAAAAGUGAUCCAUCUUCUGCCAUUUACAUGGAAGAUGAAGAGGCGGAAGUAAAUGUGAAAAUAAAGAAAGCAUACUGUCCUCCAAAGAUUGUUGAAGGCAAUCCUUGUCUAGAAUAUAUCAAAUUCAUUAUUAUCCCAUGGUUUAAUGCAUUUAAGGUGGAGCGAAGUGUAGAAAAUGGUGGAGAAAAGACCUAUAAAAGCUUUGAAGAACUUGUUGCUGAUUAUGAAAGUGGUGAAUUGCAUCCUGGUGACCUGAAACCUGCUUUGUCUAAAGCAAUAAAUGAGAUACUGCAGCCUGUGCGUGAUCAUUUCAAGAAUGACGCUAAUGCAAAGGAUCUGUUGAAACGGGUUAAGGGAUACAGAGUGACGAGAUAAUCAAGAACAUGAACAUCAUCUGUGUUAGCUACAAUGAGCCAUCAUGCGAUGGGUCUAUCUCCGGUUUUGCUGCUGUUAUUUAUACGAGUAUUAUUUAUACAGCUAUUAAACUUGAAUUGUGUCUUGCAUUCAUCUAGACAACUAAUUUAUUUGUUAGUCUAUGGUACUAGAACCAGGUUUAAGUGAUUGGUUUAGAAUUUGAAAUCAGCAAAUGACUCUUCUGCUGUCCCA